GCCUUUCCCUCCCUUCCCCAGUUCACAACACUCACUUGCAACCGUCGCUCCCAAUCCCUGCACGACCACACACAAACCCCGACUUCGUGCACCCCCCCGAUCUGCCUUUCCCACGCUGCAGGCACUGGCACUGGCACUGGCACUGGCACUGGCACCUGGCACCUGGUCCAGCUUCAGACCGCAAACCAAUCCCACCUUCAGUCAUUGGUGCAAUCAACCUGAUAUAGCAUCGCACGCCCGGUCCCCGCGUACCGACCUUGAGGACUCAUUCUCCUCGGACCCCGUCAAAUAAACAACAAACAGUAGCACCAGACCGAGACAGCAGUCUUACCAGCAGCUCUUCUCGGUCUGCUCAUCACUACGUUAAGGACAGUUCUCCUACUGGCUUGCUUUCGGCUCAUUAUACCACCCCGCUCUUUCGCGACCAUGCUGUAUCGACGGCUACCCCUCUCGUCGCCUCAAUCGUCCACGCUGUUUCGGGCCUUCACGACCACCGCCGUGUGCAAAGAGGGUGCUCGCCGUGCACCGGGCCUGGGCGACAUCACUCCUGAUGGAGCAGAUACCUUCAACGCCAAGCAGAAGGAGUUCCGAGAUGGACUCGAAGCUGCCAAGAAGAGAAAGGAUCAAGCUGAUAAAGAAGCCAGACAAGCCGAAACGGAUACUUCGACCAAGCGCGGGGGAAAGCUCUCCAGCUUUAUUUACGGCACGCCUGAGGGUCAACAACUAGACAAAGAGAUGGAGAGGUCAUUCUCACAGGUGCUGGCUCGAGGCAAAUAUGUCCAUUCGAUCGUCUUCCACGACGUUAAGCCCGAUAAAGUCGAUGAAUACGUCGAACUCGUUGGCAGUUGGUACCCCCGUAUGGCCAAUAUGCCGGAGAACAAAGUCCACCUCGUCGGUAGCUGGAGGACUGAGGUGGGAGACUGCGACACCUUUGUACAUAUCUGGGAAUACCAACGCUACACUGGCUAUCACGCCUCCUUGCACAGCAUUUCCCACCAUCCAGAGUUCCCAGAGUUCGACAAGAAACUGAAAUCCCUCAUCUAUACCAAGAAGGUUUCACUGAUGCAGGAAUUUUCCUUCUGGCCAACAACGCCUCCACGGAAAUUGGGCGGUUUGUUCGAACUCCGAUCGUACACUUUGCAUCCUGGGAACUUGCUCGAGUGGGAAACGCACUGGAGAAAAGGCCUCCGUGCGCGACGCGAGGUGAUGGAAGGGGUAGGCGCCUGGUUUGUGCAGAUUGGAGACCUCAACACUGUGCACCAUCUGUGGCAAUUUGCAGACCUGGAGGAACGGAAAUUGAGACGUGAGCAAUCUUGGGGAGUGGAAGGCUGGGGUGAUACUGUCCACAAGACGGUGCCCUUGAUCCAGACCAUGAAAAGCAAGAUCCUAAUUCCUAUGCCUUGGAGCCCAGUGGGCUAAAUUUGUCGCUCAAUCAAACGUGAUAUGGUUUGGAGUUAUAUACCUAUGGAUAUGCUUUUGAGGCAGUUCUUGCAUACAGUGGUGCCUGUCCGAAAGUCCUAUUCAAGGAAGGCUUAUCGACUAUGACUAGCUCAAUACAUCAAGAUCAGCGAGACCGUCUGUCAGAAUAGGAAAACGUCAGCACUGAGCAGGGCGAUAUUUUAUAGAUAUGAAGGCCUUCGUAUAUCGUUCAACCCUCA